AUGACCUACCUCUUGCUGGAUGAGAUUGGGGACCGUCCUCUAUUUUCCGACGAGCAGAUCGCAAUCGACGAGCUGCCUCAAAAGUAUGACUUGUUCGGCGAUAGCGGGCCGUUCGAGUACGAUCGCUAUUGUACAUGGGAGGCCUGGGAAGAGGAUAUGAUAUGCUACGACCCCACCGAGCGAGGUUUCGGUGAAUUCUUCGCCUACGCCGCCAGCCAAUGGCUCAAGCAUUUGGCCGCCGUCAACAACGGAAGCCUUCCCCCACUCGCAGAUAUAGAACUUCUAUGUCAGGCAGGCUCAACUCGGCUUCACAACUGGAUCAACCAGAACCGCCGCCCGGACUGCGUGAUCAAGGCUCGGUUUGAGUUUGACAGUAGCUUGUACGACCCGCUUAGCGUUGUGGCGGUUUACGGCUCUGACGCUAUUCUGCACGAUCUGCUCAAGAAUGCGACAUUCGACACGCCCACAUACCUUCCUUCGCCAGCCAUGAAGGCCGCUGAUGAGGUUCUGCAAUGGGGUGACCUUUCGCGACUCAAGAUACUCUUGGAGUCUGAGGCCUUUGGUUAUCGACUUCGCAAUCUUGAAUUCUUCCAACUCAUAAUUCAACGAUGGGUCAAUUUCCGACAACGACAUGAAGAUUGGAAACCGGCCUUCGAACUCAUCGACUGUGUCUCGGAUGCACUCGUUGAAGAUGAAUGGGGCAGGGCGCUUCUAUGCACCGCCGCCCGCGCCGGCUGUCUGCCCAUCAUCAAGCGCCUUGUCAAUCAAAUGCACAACAAUGUGAAACCUAAGAACGAACUAAUGGCCAGCCAGUAUAUAUUUGUCGAGGCUGUGUUAGGAAACAAUGCUGAUGUGGUCGAGUGUUUGCUGGGCGAGGCGGACUUCUGGCCGCACCUACUGUUUGUGGGCAUCAGGGACUGCGAAACCAUUCUGCACAUGGCAGCGAAACACUGCAACCCUGCCGUCUUCAAACUCCUGGUUCCCCAUCCUCGCAUGGCAAAAGCGCUCCGCCAGACCGACAAUGCUCAGGAAACGCUGCUCAUGUAUAUCAUCAAAAGCGAUGCUUCGUCGAAGAACCGGUAUGAGUCGGCAAAAAUCUUGCUCGCUGAGGCAGUGAAAACUGGUCCGAGCGACAAGAGUUUGAGAGGGAGACGUGACCCGUUAGAGAUCGCUGUGCAGAUGGGCGAUGUAGAAAUGUGUCGAAUUUUGAUCUGUAAAGGAAGGAUGGACCCACUCUCCGUUUCGACGUGUGGGCCCGAAGGGCACUUGGUUCCAAAAUGGAAACUGGAUUUGAAUGAGGAAGAAAUGACUCGUUUGUUGCGAAAGCUUGCAAAGGGUCAUGGUCGAGCCUAGAGACUCGGCCUACCCACCACAUUGCAGCGAUAUCUCCCCUGAAGAAGGGACUCUGGGACAGUGACGAUUCGGAAUUAUCUCUCCACCCACAUACUCAUUUGAUAAACUUGCG